AUGAUGGGCUCUGUGCUCCCAGCUGAGGCCCUGGUGCUCAAAACAGGGCUGAAGGCUCCGGGACUGGCGUUGGCAGAGGUCAUCACCUCCGACAUUCUGCACAGUUUCUUAUAUGGCCGAUGGCGCAAUGUGCUAGGCGAACAGCUGCUGGAAGACAAGAGCCACCACGCCAGCCCAAAGACCGCCUUCACCGCUGAAGUCCUGGCGCAGUCCUUCUCAGGAGAGGUGCAGAAGCUAUCCAGCCUGGUGCUGCCGGUGGAAGUGAUCAUCGCUCAGAGUUCCAUCCCAGGCGAGGGCCUUGGCAUCUUCUCCAAGACGUGGAUCAAGGCGGGCACGGAGAUGGGGCCCUUCACUGGCCGCGUCAUUGCCCCAGAGCAUGUGGAUAUCUGCAAGAACAACAAUCUGAUGUGGGAGGUAUUCAACGAGGAUGGCACAGUACGCUACUUCAUCGAUGCUAGCCAGGAAGACCACCGGAGCUGGAUGACCUACAUCAAGUGUGCCCGGAAUGAGCAGGAGCAGAACCUGGAGGUGGUCCAGAUUGGCACCAGCAUCUUCUACAAGGCCAUCGAGAUGAUCCCUCCGGACCAGGAGCUGCUGGUGUGGUACGGAAAUUCCCACAACACCUUCCUAGGCAUCCCUGGUGUGCCAGGACUGGAAGAGGAGCAGAAGAAAAACAAGCAUGAGGACUUCCACCCGGCGGACUCAGCGACCGGCACCGCGGGCCGCAUGCGCUGCGUCAUCUGUCACCGAGGUUUCAACUCCCGCAGCAACUUGCGCUCGCACAUGCGCAUCCACACGCUGGACAAGCCCUUCGUGUGCCGCUUCUGCAACCGCCGCUUCAGCCAGUCGUCCACGCUGCGCAACCACGUGCGCCUGCACACGGGCGAGCGCCCCUAUAAGUGCCAGGUGUGCCAGAGCGCCUACUCGCAGCUGGCCGGCCUGCGCGCGCACCAGAAG